AUGGACACAAUCAGGGCACCUUUUCAACAGGUAGAUCUGGUCACUCACGGCGCGGCCUUCAAAGAAACACAGACCCGGGAGCGACAUGGAGCUUUAUCUGAUCACAAGCACCACCCAGUACAUAUUAGGGCUGAAAAGCUGCACUAUUUGAAGGCGGUAGGAGUCUUCAAUGUUCCCGACGCCUCGACAACCAAGCUGCUUUUGGAGACAUACAUCAAGAACGUUCACCCCUUCUUCCCACUUAUCGACUUACAUGACUUCCUCGUAACAACACUACUCUUCGAUGCGCAAGACUCUAUGCCAGGGGCUCACCUGAUGCUCUUCUACUCAGUCCUAGCAGCAGGGCUUAAGUAUGUCGAUCCAAGCAUAUCAGAAGAGAUCAAUCUGGCUCUCCCAGGCGACUUCAAGGAGAGUCUACAUAACAAAGUCAAGGCACUGCACCAAAUGGAUUACGAACGCGACCGACUCGUGCUCUGUCAGUCCAUGAUAUUGAUGAGCAUUGUGCUGGAGGAUCCGGACGAUCCAGAAGAAUGUAGAAAAUGGCUGAACCUCGCAUGGCAUUAUUUGGAAUCUUCGCCUUUGUUGAACAACACAUCUCGCGUAAUGUGCUCUGCCCGGACGGAAGCUAUGUGGCGCCGGAACUGGUGGGCUUGGUAUGUCCAAGAUCGACGACUGUCCAUAGCCAUUCGACGACCAGUCCUUCGUCCACUGCUGGCUGACAUUGUGCCACAACUAUCACUGACCGAUUUCGAGGUCCGUUGUCACUCACCUACAGUCACAGACGUUUACUCUUCUGUGCCAAUGUUGAGCAGUACCAAAUUGCAGUCGGAAGCCAUCGAGAUCUGCAUUGCGAACAACGAACUUUAUACUCACUUUGACUUUCUAUUGCUAUGCGAGAAUGUCGACUUCUGCCAGGGGCCAUGGGACUGGGGUCCUUACCAGCCUCGUCACAGAGUCUGGCAGCAGCAACGUGCCGAUCACAGUCGUGAACAAGGCCGCCGAAGACUACUCAAAUGGGUAACAACGUAUUCGACUUACGUGCUAGGGCCACAAAGCCUUGCGAAAACAGACGAUGUAUGGGGGCAAUGCUGCACCGAACUGCAGAUUGUCUCUACCUCGGCACUCAGCCUAUUGAUUUGUUCCGAUCUCUCAAAGCCUGAAGGCAACCAAUCUGUUGCACACUAUCAGAAGAGCCUCGUCAAGCUCAUGGAGUCUGCAACGGACAUAACGGACUGUUUUCUCAGGCUUGGCAAUCUGGGCCUGCUACAUUGUAUUUCUACCAGUACCAUCCAGCUCUUGAUGCCAGUUGCGGCCUUGCAUCUAAACCAAUGUCAGUCCCAGGAAACAAGGUGCCGGACGCCAAGCUUUCGGAGACUCCGUCAGUGUGCUGCAGUCUUGAAAUCUCUGAGGAGCCGGCACCCCUCAGCACGAGCUUGUAGCGCCUUCCUGGAAAGUGUGAUAGAGCGCUUGACAGGUUCUGCUGGGCGCUAUGUGGAGCAAAGCGUGGAGAGCGUGCCUCGGCGCGAAGAGAUGCAUGGUCUGUGGCAGAUUCUCCAGAGCGCAAAUGUACCAAUGGUGGAAGCCGCAAGGAAUCGGAAAUUACUGAGCACAGAGAUUCCUGCAUGCAUUGGAGACUCACAUAUAGGCUCAAAUCACACCACGAAAUCCCUUCAUGGGAACACAACUAAGCAUCCUGUUGCUUCAUACGACGCACAUGAUCAUCCACCCAGUCCUCAAGCAGGAACGAAACCCGACCUGACAACCUUUCAUUCUUUAUAUGACGCUAACGAGCUUGGGGAUCAACCUGCACCAGACAGCCUCGAUCGCACUUCGACUGAAUAUCUCCCUCUCGAUCUCUGGACUUCCGUAGAUAUCCCCACAGGUCCGACUAUGAUGAAUACAGCCGAAGCCUUCCGCCACCUCAGCUGCAUUGAGCCGCACAAAUUGACGAUUUAGUAUACCAUGUAUGGACCCGAAGCGAACGGUGAUAUGAUAUACACCUAGAAGAGAAUGGAACCUGUUGGGCGGCUGCUUUCCGUUCCGAGAUGCUGUGACCCGUUGUGUUGAGCACACUUCGCAAUCACCGACAUUGGAAGAUUGGUAGAGACAGCAUCGACUAUAUAUG